UUGGCGAAAUUUUAGCGAAGAUACUUAGAAAAUACAACGUGUGCUAUUUAUAAACGUUUAUAUUAAUAUACUUAAGUAAAAAUUGAGAAAAAGUAUGUUAUAUUCUGUUAAAAUUAUUUCUUGUUAAUUAAUGUAAUACGAUAUGUCACAACAAUUAGCAAUUACAAACUUUUUCAAAGCGAAACUGCAUUCCUCUCCUAAUUUAGUGAAUAAUAUGGAUACUGUGAAAAGAAAGAAACGUAAUUUAAGUUUGACCAAAGUACCAACACCUACUGCUUCACCAAACAAAAGGAAAAUUGUAGACGAGAUAAGCAUACUCAGUGAUGAUGAUGAUUUCUGCACACCAGUUAAAUCAAAGCCUUUAAGUGUCUCACAGAGUUCCAAUGACAGUGAGAAAACAAUUAUAUACACCCCAUCGCCGAAAAAAUCGUUGCAGACACCCAGGAAGACUCCAAAGAGCUCUCCAAGCCUUAGUUCAACUUCCAAAAGUCGGACUCCAAAUACCAAAGACAGAUUCUUCUCCCCGACAAAAAAUCGUAGUGUUAAGAAAAGGACACCAAUUAAGAGCAAAAGGAAUUUGACCAGCUUGCUUGGAAAUGGAGAUUGUUUAGACAAGUCUGUGGAAGAUGUAUGCUUUGAAUAUGCAUGUGAAGGCAUGGAUGAUAAGACUGUAUUCUUAUUACAAAUAAUCAACAAUUAAUUAUUUAACUGAUAGUACAUUAAAGCCACUCCUAAGCAACAGAACACAACAAAUGCUUCAAAGUAGUCAGUCAGUGGUGAAGCCGGGUAUGAAGUUAGUCUGCCGACUGUUCUGGCGCAAGGACCAGUGGUUCCGGAGGAAACAGGUCUCAGAAAUUGUCAGUGAGGACAAGGAACCGUUGGAUGAUCCAAGUUUGGACGCAAUGAUUCUCUCAUUGACUCAAAGAGCUUGGUUGAAAGAGAGUAGCAACUGUAUGACUUUCGAGGAACUCUCAAUCCUCUUGAAAGCUGAAGAGCUAAAGUUAAUUUGCAAGGACUUGAAGCUGAAAGGAGGCACUAAGCAGGAAGCGAUUGAUUCAUUGCGGAAUUACAGUCGGCGCACUUCUAGUAUUUGUAGCUUCUUUGCUAACGGCAAGGCUACUGAUAACAGUGGAAGGGUUUUGAAAAUAAUGAGAGAAAAGGCGGGUUCCUGUUAUAAAUUGUCAGAAGUUGCCAGAAUGACACUGGAUCAGCUCUAUGUACUCAUGUACCUAGGCAUGGACUUUAGUCACAUACGGGAAAAGAAACUAGAAUUUGUACUAAUUCACGAUAAAAUAGGCAGGGAGCCUUAUCCUGUGGAUCAGGACAUGGAAUUGGACAAUGCUAGUGUGGUUUUUGAAAGCAAUGACGAAUUUGAAAGGUACAUGACUGCACAUAACGUGUACGAGGAUUUUCUAGCCGAUACCUGCUCUGAUGAAAAGGCUGCUCUAGUCAAACAGGUUUACCAGGUCUACAAGGCAAUUGACGAAGAAGAAAUGUUACGUUACAAAGCCCUACCAAGUUGGCUUCGGCGGUUCACACCUGCUAAUAUCUACAUCAGAAUCCUAGUCUCAGGCAUACAAGAUUUGAAAAAAACCAAAACUGUGGAGUAUUAUGAACUCGCUAUAGAAAUAUUGAGCUGCUUGAUAGAGCAGACUGCUUUCAGACAACAUAAGAAGGCGGGCUGGUACGCGGAGAAGGCGUUGAUUCUUCAUGGAUUACUAGGGAGGCGUGAUGAGGCAGCUGAAGUCCUAAUAGAAGGCUUCAAGUCCAAGUUAACGGACGAGGAGAAAGACAUAAUGCGCAACCGAGCCGUCCGCAUAGCUCGGCAGAAGUCCGCCAAGGUCAGCGAGCACUUGAAGAAGGAGCUGCUGGAGCUCGCCAGCAAGGACGAGGUACUGGAGAAGAAUAUCGACGCGGAACACAUAUACAAACAACCUAUGGAGAACACUACAAAAGGCAAAGCGCGGUAUGAAACGAAAACUUCAGAAGGCAGAGUUAUCCAAAGCGUAGAAGAAUACUGCAUCACCCAUUGUAUCAGUACUGGAGAGUUUACUCAUGGCGAGCACUGGGAGGGCCGCAUCGUCACAACGAUGUUCUUCUUGCUUUUCUGGGACAUCAUCUAUUCGAAGCCGCGCGGAGUACAAGGCGUUUUCCUCACGCGCUUACAAGCGUACCCAUUGGACUUGUUCUCGGACAGUUUCUACACUAACCGACAGGUGCUCAUCGAUGAACGGCUGCGGCUUAUUGAGAACUCCACCGAAGAGGAAGUGUUGGAGAUGAUGGAGAAUACUUGGGGAGACAGGCCCGAAGGUGAGAUAUCCGGCAUCACUCGCGCGAUAGGCUGGGACAACAUCAGUGCGGUGGCGUCAUGCCUCAGGCCGCGUGCGCUUUCUGCCUUGGUUGCGCGGCUGGCGCGCCACUACCGCUACGCGCACAGCGGCUUCCCUGACGUCACUCUAUGGAACGUGCAUACCAAAAAGAUCAAGUUCGUAGAAGUAAAGAGCGACUCAGACCACCCGUCGAUGAAGCAGAUCCAGUGGAUGAACUAUUUGCGUGAGCACGGCAUCAGCACCGGCUUCUGCUAUGUCGGAGCCAACACCACCCGCCAGCGCGCCAGGGCGGGGAAGAAAUCACCUUAACACGUUAAUGGGGAUAGCCCAUACUCAUAGGAGUAUAGACUAGUGGGACUUCGACCACUCGUCGAUGAAAGAGAUCUUCUGUUACGUCGGUGCCAAUGCCAGUACUACUCAGGGCGGGGAAGAAAUCAUCAUGAAUAUGUCAAUUUCAGUAGUACAGUGUACAAUGUUCUUCAUGGUGCAAUGUAGCCCGCUCUGGCACUAGUCGCGCGAUUAAUCGUAACGCUCUUAGGUACUUUUUUAUUGUCUCACACCGUGACACCAACAAAAUAGGGAGCAGUGGGUAUGACAAGUUAAGUUUAACAUAAGCACGAGAAAGAAAUUUUGAUUUUUAUAUUUGGCGUUAGGCUAUUGUAAAUAUUAUAAUGGUGUGACAUUUUUUCGGUGCCACUUUUUGAUAUGCUGCAGCUAUAAGUUAGAGUUAAGCGUAGGUACUCGCUUGUGUACAGGGUAAAAAUGUUUGUGUUGGUUACAAUUACUGUUAAAUUUCUUUUUGAUCUCCACUUGGUAUUGUCCUAUUCAUAACAUAUGCCACAUUUCGUUUUGUGAACAUAUUUGCACCGUGGAAGUUUUUACUACUAAAUAAGUUGUAUUUUGGGACCUUUCUUUAUGAAUCUGGCAAACUUUGUAUACUGAUAAUUAAACUCCUACUCGCUAAAUAAUUAUUACUGUAUUUAUAUAAACUAAUAUUAAUGACAUGUCACUCAUGUCAUAUCCAAACUGUAUUAAUACACUACAUUAAUACGUUUGUAUUUUAGCUCAUAUUUGCGAAUAAUGAACGGAAUGUUAGAGAAUAAAAAAUAAGCAUAAUAACAGUUAUUGCACGCGCUAUGUUGUUUAGUUUAUACAAGUUUUAACUGGUUCUAUUGACUGAAAAAAUCAAUGUUGUAAGGAAUACAUUAUUAUCAAGUUCCUGUUUUAAUUUGCACAUAAAGUACAUGUGGAAAAAUUGUGAUACGAAAUAAAUAAUAAUAAUUUAUA